CAAAUUUUCAUUUUGUAAAUUUGACGAUUUACCAAUACACUGUUUCUUUUAAAAAGACUUUCUGUAAUCUUUGUUUUUUUUUAAUACUCACAUUUAACAGAAAGUCAUUACAGAGGGAGACAGACGGCUAUGUUUUUUACCCAUUUCUUAUCUCAAAUCGAAUCACCUCGAUGUAUUAUAGUAUUAGUUGCUGUUAUAGGUGUUUUACUAGCGUAUUUGACUGAUGAUGGUGUUUUUUAUCCUGCAACGUUUUCAAAAAAUACUAAAGAGAAGGAAUCUGACCAAUCUUGUGCUUCAACAAGUUGUACAAAUUCUUUACAAAUAACUUUGUUCAAUUAUUUUAAUCCUUUUCAACGAUGGUAUUCACUUGUUCAAAAUUCAGGUUUCAAUGCUUUUUUUUUUGUUAAAUCUUUAUUUUUUAAUAUUAAACAAUGUCGUACUAAAAGACAUUUAGCAUAUUUACAACAGAAAAAAUAUCUGAAGUUACCCAUACGACCUAAUGAAACUGAGGUCGAUUCUUAUUUGGAUUGUAAAAAUUUUAUGAAAGAAAGUUGGCCUUUUAUGUGGGAGGUGUCGAAUGUUAAAAGUGAAAAGAUAACGUGCGGAUCGCAUUCUUGUAUACCCAUGUCGUCUUAUAGCUAUUUGAAUCUGUUAUGUGAUUCGCGAGUACAAGAAGCUGCUAUUGCAGCAGCUCGACAAUGGUCUUCGGGGAAUUAUGGUCCAAGGAUGCUAGGAGGCAAUACAAGUAUUUUGAAAGAACUCGAGGCUACCGUUGCUUCUUUUUUUAAGCGGGACGCAUCUCUAGUUUGCGCUACAGGGUAUUUGGCGUGUAUGAGUUCUACAGCCGUUGUAUGUAAUGCAGAAUCGAUUACCUUUGCAGAUUCUCGUAUUCACGCAAGUUUAAGAGCUGGUUUGAAACUUGGAGGUGGUUGUGUUAUUUUUUUCAAGCAUAAUGACUUUGAGGACUGUGAAAAAAUGAUUAAGAAAAAUAGGCACAAAUUCCCAACAGCUUGGUUGAUUAUUGAAUCUGUCUAUUCAAUGGAUGGUGAUAUUGCAGAUCUUCCAAAAGCCUCUCAACUUUGUAAACAAUACAAUAUAAAUUUAAUGGUUGAUGAAGCACAUGGUUUGGGCGUUUUGGGAGAAACAGGACAUGGUAUAGAAGAAUAUUACAAUUUACCAAAGGCUGCCACUCUACUAGUUGGAACUUUUAGUAAAUCUGUGGCAUCCAUUGGAGGAUAUGUAGCGGGUGAUAAACGUUUUAUAGCUUAUUUAACAGAUCAUGCAGUUGGUAGUGUUUUUUCCGCUCCAUUACCAGGUUAUUGUGCAGGAGCUGCUUUGAAAAGUUUUGAAAUCAUGUCAACUGAUAUUUCUAUUAUUAAAAGAGUUCGACAGAAUUCUUUGAAAUUACGCCAAAAGUUGACAUCUUCAUCCCAUUGGCCUCAAAAUUAUCCAGAACACCAUAAAUUUCUUGUUACUGGAGAUAAAACAACGAGCGUGAUUCCGAUAAUUUUUCCUAACGAUCUUAGUCGCGUUAUUAAUAUUGCAGGAAAAAUGAAGGAAAAAGGUUUUAUGUGCUCUGCUGUCGGAUAUCCCGCAUGUCCUCUUAGUGCUCCUCGAUUUCGGAUAACCGCAACAAGUUGUUAUACAGACGAGCUGAUAGAUCAAUUUACCAAGACAUUUAUUGAAACAUGUGUUGAAAUUCCACCUACAACUGCAUAAAGGUUUAUCAACUCAAAAUUCCCGUGUUUUUUUUAUGAAAGCCAAUAAAAAAAAGAAUGCCUUAUAACUGUAAUUUUUUAUUUUUUGUUAGAUAGGUUCUUGUGAAGUAAGCGUAAUAUGAGUUUAAGCCAGCUGUUUAAUAUAACGAAAAGUAUGAAAAGUAAAAUUUUCAAAAUAAUUUGUAUAGACUAUAAUUCAAUAAUAAAUUGUGUAUCUUAUUUUUUUUUAUAUAAUGUUUGAUAACUCCCGACUCUUUUAUAUUAACUUUGGAAAUUGAUAAGUAGUAUUUGAAUUAUUAUAUAGUUCAACAAACAUUUUUUAUUGUCACACCCGUUUCUAUCAUACAAUAGAACGUUUGCUGGUAUGCUUUUCGUUUUUUAUCGCGCGUUAACGUACCUUAUCAUGGUAGAAAAAGAAAUAUUCAAAUGAAAAAACUUAAGGUUUACAAGCAAUUUUUGUAGGUAUAUCAAGAAGAAAAGAAAUUAACUUUUGGAGACCUUGCCUAUGGAUUUUUACAAAAAGAUAGUAAAAGAAAAAAAAAGAAAUAUGCAUCAAGAAAAAAAAUCAAGAAAACAGAACGUGUUUAAUAUUGGAUUAAUAAAAAACAAUUUAUAUAAAUUGUUUUGUAAAGCAUGGCUAACAUUUUUAUUUUUUUAUUUCGUGUUAAUAAAGAAACUUACAGCAUGUAAAAUAAGCGACUUUUUGCUUACGGGUGUACACUGAGACUAAAACUGUCGAGUUUUAAAAUAACGAAAGGAAACAUAUGAAUCUGUGAUAGAACAUUAUAGGAAUGUUUUUGAAUCUCCAAUGUAUUGAUAAUUGGAGGGAAGAGCUACAUUGAAACAUUUUUCACUUGAAAACAUUUCAUACCACAAGUCGAUGCUUCAUAUUAUGUCUAAUGAAGCUGAUUAUACUUUUGAUUCCGGAAACACUGUUUCAAUACAUCCCUCAUCAUUGUAUGCACGAAGAAACCAAAAA